AACGCGUGUUCUGCGAAGAACACAGCUUGAAUCUUCUCUCUCUUGCCAAGUCUUUCGUCGUCCUCGUUUUGCCCUCUUCUCCCUUUUCUUGAACCAAAAUUAGGGUUAGGGUUAGGGUUAGGGUUAGGAUUCUCAAAACCCUCGCUCUUCUUCUUCUUCUUCCUCACAUUCACACAGGAUUUUCUCCUUUACGGAGGCUGUUUGAUUAUUUUCUUCUGGAGCGGUUGUUUGUUUUUUCGGCCCUUUCAAAGGGUGGUUCCGGAAUGGGUUCCUCUUCGUCUUCUUUUUCAGUUAUCAAAUGGUUCUCCUUCUGCAGACCUACCUCUUCGAUACUUCUUUUUCUAUACUGCAUGCUCUUCUUCUUUCAUACUGAAGCUAUUUUGGGCGAUUCAGACAAAUCCGUGCUUCUUCAGUUCAAAAAUGCUGUUUCCGACCCUUCCGGUUUGCUCUCCACUUGGACUUCCAGUUCUUCUGAUUACUGCUUGUGGUUUGGCGUUUCGUGCGACCUCAAUUCUCGGGUUGUGUCGCUCAACAUUUCCGGGAAUGGUGGUGCAGGUAAUUUGAAUGCAUUUUCCUGCUCUGACUCUUCUAAAUUUCCUCUUUAUGGGUUUGGAAUCAGGAGGGGUUGUGUUGGUAAUAGAGGCUCACUGAUGGGGAAGCUUCCGCCGGUGACUGGGAAGCUCACUGAGCUGAGGACUUUGUCUCUUGCGUUUCAUGGUUUUGAGGGUGAACUUCCGGGUGAAAUCUUGGGUUUGGAGAACCUUGAGGUUCUUGAUCUUGAAGGAAACUCUUUAACUGGACUGCUUAAUAAUGAUUUUGUCAGGCUGCGCAAGUUGCGCAUUCUCAAUCUUGGAUUUAAUAGGCUUACUGGUGAGAUUCCUAGCUCGCUUUCUGGUUGUGCAAGUUUAGAGGUCAUGAAUUUAGCUGGGAAUCAGUUGAAUGGCACAAUUCCACAGUUUGUUGGUCGGUUGAGAGGGGUCUACUUGUCUUUCAAUUUUUUUACAGGAUCCAUUCCAAGUGAGCUUGGGAAUAACUGUCAGCUUGAGCAUCUUGACCUGUCUGGUAAUUUUUUGGUCAGUGGGAUUCCAAGUAGUUUGGGGAAUUGCGGUCAGUUGCAGACAUUGUUGCUGUACUCCAACAUGCUGGAGGAGGCCAUUCCAGCUGGAUUUGGUAAGUUGCAGAAGCUGGAACUGCUUGAUCUGUCUAGGAAUAGUCUCAGUGGUCCAAUACCCUCCGAGCUCGGAAACUGCUUGCAGUUGUCUGUCCUUGUGCUCUCGAAUCUCUUCGAUCCAAUUCCCAAGAUCAACUACACAGACAAAGACUCCCCAACUGAGGAACUUAGUGAUGAUAGUUUUAACUAUUAUUCCGGCAGUAUACCUGAGUCGAUUACAACCCUUCCAAAGCUGAGGAUAUUGUGGGCCCCUAGUGCAAACCUUAAUGGAAGAUUCCCUUCCCAAUGGGGUAAGUGUGAAAACUUGGAGAUGGUCAACUUAGCUGGUAAUUAUCUUUACGGGGAGCUUCCAAGUGGAUUUAGCGUCUGCAAAAAAAUUCAAGUUCUUGAUUUAAGCAUGAACCGGCUUUCUGGAAAACUUGAUAAAAACCUUUCUGUUCCUUACAUGAAUCUGUUUGAUAUUAGCGGUAAUCUCUUAACUGGUGAGAUUCCUAUGGUCUGUGGCCAUGAUUGCUAUCUGCCAAUGUCCCAUUCAAAGAGAUAUUUGGAUGUUGAUGAUGUGUCGUCUCGGUAUCUUGCAUUUUUUGCCACUAGUAUUCGAGGUGCAACGCCUUUUAAAUUUCUUGGAAAUGAUGAUCUGAUAAUGCAUAACUUUGGGGACAACAACUUUACUGGCAGUCUUCUGUCGCUACCAUUUCCACGUGAAAAAAUGGGAAGAAAAACUGUUUAUGCUUAUCUUGUAGGUGGAAAUAAGCUGACUGGACGAUUUCCUGAUAGUUUGUUUGAAAUAUGUGAUGGUUUGGCGGGAUUGAUCUUCAAUAUUAGCAGCAAUAAAAUCUCUGGUCCAUUUUCUGUGGAAAUUGGUAAAAAGUGUGGUUCUCUCAAAUUCUUGGAUGCAUCUGGUAAUCAGAUGACUGGGCAGGUACCUGCUAGCUUUGGAGAGCUAUUAUCUCUGAAUCACCUGAACCUAAGCAGGAACAAGUUUCAGUAUCAAAUACCGACUUCUCUCGGACAUAUAGCUGAUUUGAAGUACCUUUGUUUGGCUGGCAAUAACUUUAAUGGUUCUAUACCUUCUACAUUGGGAAAGUUGCAGUCUUUGGAGUUGCUGGAUCUUUCACGUAACGAUCUUUCGGGUGAAAUUCCAGUUGAUCUUGUUAACUUGAGAGGCCUAAAAGUUCUACUUCUCAAUAAUAAUUCACUCUCUGGACCGGUCCCCUCUGGUUUGGCAAAUGUUACCACACUCUCUGCAUUCAAUGUGUCAUUCAAUAACUUGUCUGGUUCCUUACCAUCAAAUAAUAACAUGAUCAAAUGUAGUGGUGCGAUUGGAAAUCCUUACCUCCGCCCGUGCCAUUUGUUUUCUCUGGCCGUGCCCUCAUCUGGAAUGCAAGGUUCAGAAGGCGACCCGAGUAGUCUUGCAGCUUCACCAUCUGGUGUUGCACCCCAAACAAGUGGAGGUGGCAGCUUCAAUUCAAUUGAGAUAGCAUCCAUUACAUCUGCCUCUGCCAUUGUUUCUGUUCUUAUUGCUUUGAUUAUCCUUUUUAUAUAUACACGAAAGUGGAACACGAAGUCUAAAGUUCUUGGAUCAAUGAGAAAGGAAGUGACGGUUUUUACUGAUAUUGGGGUUUCCCUGACGUUUGAUAAUGUAGUGCGUGCCACAAGUAAUUUCAAUGCAAGCAAUUGCAUUGGAAGUGGAGGAUUUGGGGCAACUUACAAGGCAGAGAUCGCGUUGGGGGUGCUCGUUGCAAUAAAACGACUUGCUGUAGGUCGAUUUCAAGGUGUCCAACAGUUUGAUGCAGAAAUUAAAACUCUUGGAAGGCUGCGCCAUCCGAACCUUGUCACCUUAAUUGGUUACCAUGCCAGUGAAACAGAGAUGUUCCUGAUAUAUAAUUAUUUGCCAGGAGGCAAUUUGGAAAAAUUCAUCCAGGAGAGGUCUACAAGAGCAGUUGAUUGGAGAAUUCUUCACAAGAUUGCGCUGGACAUAGCCCGUGCGCUUGCAUAUCUUCAUGAUCAGUGUGUACCACGAGUCCUCCACCGCGAUGUGAAACCGAGCAAUAUACUAUUAGACGAUGAUUUCAAUGCUUAUCUCUCUGACUUUGGAUUGGCCAGGCUUCUUGGGACUUCUGAAACCCAUGCUACCACAGGUGUGGCUGGAACUUUCGGCUAUGUCGCUCCUGAAUAUGCCAUGACGUGUCGUGUCUCUGAUAAAGCAGACGUGUACAGUUACGGCGUGGUUCUUCUCGAGCUACUCUCGGACAAGAAAGCACUAGAUCCCUCGUUUUCCUCGUACGGUAAUGGUUUUAACAUAGUAGCUUGGGCGUGUAUGCUGCUUCGGCAGGGGAGAGCCAAGGAAUUCUUCACAGCAGGGUUGUGGGAGGUAGGUCCCCAUGAUGAUUUGGUUGAAGUAUUACACUUGGCAGUUGUUUGUACAGUGGACUCUUUGUCGACUAGGCCAACGAUGAAACUAGUCGUACGAAGGCUUAAGCAGCUUCAACCGCCAUCGUGUUAGGAAGAAGCGAUUAAAGCAUUUAUUGACAGUUAAUUUGUAGGAGAUUAGAGAGAGCCUCCCUGAUUGAUUGUAAUUGUGUUUUUGUUGUUAUGACUGAAAAAGCAUUGCUGCCAUAGGUUGGUUGGUGGAGUUCUAAAUUUGUAGUUAAUUUUGUAUUGUAAAUUGUAAUAUAGCUCCGCCCUCAAAAUUUUUCCUUCCAUAAAUAAGAAUUGUUGCUUUGUGGAUGAA